CUUUGUACGAAUCUAUCGAAUUUAUCGCCAUGGAAACUUCAUUGUUCUGGUGGUCGAGAAUUCGACGAAUGCCAUCCAUGCCUGCUACCUUCCAGUUAGUACCUACCUGUAGCCCCUGCGGGUCGCUGCUGCCGUUUAUCAGACACGCCAGCACCAACAAGCACCUACUAACUUCCAUUACUCGCCACUGACCCGUGCUGGCUGCGCGUUCUCGAGUCGUGGGCAAGCUAGAGGCAUCAUCACCACACCACCAGCCCUCCCUGCAGCGCGCCUCACGACCCCUUGGACAAGCAUACGGACGACACCAGGCGCCAGCAAGCAAACAAAGACCUGAUGCCUCUAUCUGACGCCGGUUGCCAAAACGACGACGUCGCACCAACAUGGACGGACGGGGGUCGACGUCGCCGGGUCGUGUGUUGGUUGGGCCUCACGUCGCUCAUUCAUGAUGCUACAGUACAGUACGCCCAAGUGUCUCCUGUUGCAAUCUACUCUGGUUCCUGGAUGAGGUCGCACCCGCCCAUCCAGAUGCCUGCCUGCCUGCCUGGCGACGUCGGACGAAACUGUGCAAGUGACCCCGUACUUCGUACGUACGUGGCACCGCACCACAAGGCUCACGACGUUUCGUUUGCUGUGCGAGUGACUGAAGGAGGCCGCGACCGCUCGAAACGUUUGGCCCCCCACGCCGCCCACCUCUCUCUCUCUCGAGACGACGACGACGACGACGACGAUGAGCUCGCCGCGGCUCUCUCACCGACGUCGCAUACGUACCCGCGGCUCCCAUCCCGAGCAUCAGAUGGCUCUCCAGCUCCGGCUCACGACGCCAAAUGGCUCCCGCCCACCAACCGCACAGCCGCCCCCCGAGGACGCCACGUCUUGCGCACAUUUUUAUUUUUGGUCGUCUCGGCGAGGGCCUCUCGGGUGCCUUGCCUCAUCUCGAGCGCGAGACGCCGCCGAGCAAGUGAACGCCGGGGCCACAACGCCACGCCCGGCCUUGCUAGAGCCCGCGCGGGUGGUACCGCGCGUCUGAUGACACACCGGCUUGGCCCUCCGUCCUGCAAUUCUGGGAGACGCAGCUGCGAGCGUGGGGGUGCCCAUAUACGGUAUACACUACAAACGCAAAUCGCGGCAUGACAUAUCUCGUCGGGCGGCUCACCGGCCACCGACAAAACCCCUACUGGCCACCGACGUUUCGUCCGAAUCACCUCAAGGAGUGACGCGGAUGAGCCGAUCGAUCCUGUCUCUCUGGACCCCCUGCAAUGGCAACUGGCCGCAGCUGCCGCUUGGCGUUUGCGUCAUGGCAUUCAUGGCUGACGUCCCCCCCCCCCCCGGCAGCUGGCGCCGCCACGAUGCGUGCGGCCCCUUCCGCCCGAUACAGUUGACACGAAUGCCACCAGACGUUGAGUUUAACGACCAAUUAUUUCUCAUUUCUCAUGUUUGCGAGUGCGAGCUAACUCUAUGGCUGACGGACGGGCUCGCAGCUCCUAGACCAGGCAGCGACAAGCACGAUGCGCAUCGGCAGACCCGUUAGGCAAGCAAGCAGUUGUCGAUGGGCUUUGCUCGUCUUGCCUGCCUGCCUGCCCCUGGACCGAGAGCAGAACCGCACGCGCGGGCGAACAUGGCAUCAAUCGCACCUACGUAACAACAGGCUCCCCGGCAGGUGUCAGCCAGCUCGCGUCAAAACAUGUAGAUUGUAGACGCUCCCAGUGCGCGGAUGGGCUGGGGCACGGCGGACGCAGUCGGGCUGCGGUACAACGCCGGUACGCGGGCAUUGAUUGGAAGGCGUUGCCUGUCAUGGCAGCACUUUGUACGAGCGCUCAUCAUAGACUCGAGCGUGACGCGGCCAUGGUUUGCCGCACGCGCGUACCUGAUCGCAUCGUGCCAUCGCGGAGCAGAGGCGCAAGUGACGAUGACCGCCAAGACGCACUUAUAUAGCAACCUACCCUACACCUCACGAUCAUCAGUCCGCACUCGGCCAUGGCCGCCUGGGUGCAUCUCCAGACUCGCAUGCGACAGCACUUUACUUGCCAAGGGGUUCGGUCAUCAGGCUCGUUUGGCUCCCUCCAAGCACUGGUCAGGGUGGAUGGUGGAAGCUGGUCAGCUGCCCUCUGGUCCAGUCCUCCGCUUGCAUGCACCCAGGUCGGCGACGGGGGCACAUCCGUCAGUAUAACGCCUAUUCAUAGGGAUCGAGUCAUUUGUUUCCGGAUCGUCCAAGGACAGGGCCGCUACAGGAAAACGGAGCGGCUCCUCGACGACAGGCAGUCGAGACGGUGGCCAGUCCGAUACCAGACGGCAGACGAGUGUCGGCGGUAGGGCUGUCGCACAAGGAGGCACCGAAUCAAGCAGGCAACCGUUUUCGGCGCCCAACUUUCGCGAGGAGCCCUUUUGUUCAAACGCGGCCCAUUCCCUCCUUUGUAAACGGAUCCGUGGGCCAGUGAGUGUUCCAACUCAUGAGCUGACCGGGCGCUGGCCCGUGCUGGACGCCAAACGCACCCAACGUCGCGCCACCACGCAUUACAUUUGAAGCGAACCAACCAACCAACAGGUGCUUGCCAUUCCCGUUGCUCAGAGAAAUUUCCAACGUGCGGGAGGCGGGAAAAUCCGCAGGGGGCGGCGAAAAGGGAAGGGAGCUGGCGGAGAGCCCGUCAUGAUGUGUGAUGGUGGUUCAAACUGCCACCCAUCCUCUAACUAACCACUCCGCCCAGUUGACCGACCACUCCGCGAUGAUGCCGGCGUUCGCCCUCGGCAGGCGCAUACAGCGCCUGUAUCUCGUUUCCGUGGCCGCCGUCUUCAUCAUUGGCCUCAUAUCCCUCGCGCAGUACUCGCCCGACGCGGUGCGCCCGUCGGGAUGGAUCCGCAAGCGCCCCAACCCGCGGCCCCAGGGCGACGACGACCAUCCCAUCGACCGUCUGAUGCGCGAACACAAGGCCCGCUUCCGGGACGUCCUGGUGAGGAGGUCCAACACGAUUGAGGAAGCCGCGGCCCGGUAUCGUGAGCGGCGCGGGCGUCACCCGCCGCCCGGAUUCGACGUGUGGUUCGCGCAGGCCCAGGCGGACGGCGCCAUCAUCGUGGAAGAGUUUUUCGACCGCAUCCACCACGACCUCAACCCCUUCUGGGCCUUUGAGCCCAAGAAGCUGCGGGCCAUGACGAGCAAGCAGCCGCAGGUGAUUCGCGUCCGUGGCGGCAACGUCAGCUUCGAGACGGACAACCCGAACCGUCCGCAGUACAUCCAGCUGUGGACGGAGCUGCUCAAGGAGACGGAGCCGCACCUGCCCGACCUGGACAUGGUGGUUAACGUCCUGGACGAGAGCCGCAUCCUGGUGCCGUGGGAAAAGGUGAACGAGUACGUGGCUGAGGAACAGCGCAAGCGGAGGCUCGUGGACCCCAAGGAGGCCAAGACGCAGUACAGCGGGCUCGACGGCGACGGCGAGCACGACGUGUACGACCCGGGCUGGGUGACCGACGACGCCAACCGGUACUGGAACUACCUGCGGGCGACGUGCCCGCCCGACAGCGCGGCGCGCCGGUUCGACAGCCUGGCGUCGUUUGACGUGCCCGUCGAGUACCCGGACGAGACGAUGCCGUACGCGCCCGAGGGCUUCGUGGCCAACGCGACCGAGGCGCGGGACCCGUGCCUGCAGCCGCACCUACGCGGGAUGCACGGGACGUUCAUCGAGAGCGUCAGCAUGUCGACGACGCGGGAGCUGCUGCCCAUGUUUGCGGGCUGCAAGCUGCCGCAAAACAACGAGAUCCUGGUUCCGGGUGCCAUGUACCUGUCGGGCGGCGACUUCUACUCGGGCGGCGACGAUCACGGGCCCGAGUGGGGCCGCAAGAAGGCGGGCCUGAUAUGGCGCGGGACGGCCUCGGGCGGGCGGAACAAGGCGGACAACUGGUGGCAUUUCCACCGGCACCGGUUCGUGCAGAUGCUCAACGCCAGCACGGUGGAGGCGGUGGAGCGCGGGGAGGGGACUCGGGGCCCGACGUUUGGGCUGUGGAAGGGGGGGAGGAUGGUGCCGGCGCACCUCCAGGGCGGCAGGCUGGGCCGGUGGCUGCGGUCGUUUGCCGACGUGGCCUUUGUGCACCUCGAGUGCUUCCCCAGCGUCCAGGAGGAGGUGGGCUCGGGCAAGGAGCGGCACCUGGAGACGAGCCGGCGGUGCGCCUACACGUCGCCGUACAUGGCCAUCCGGGAGAGCAUGCCCAUGCGGCAGCAGUACGAGCACAAGUUCCUGCCCGACGUGGACGGCAACUCGUUUAGCGGGCGGUGGCGGGCCUUUUUGCUGUCGACGAGCCUGCCGCUCAAGGCCACCAUCUACGCCGAGUGGCACGACGAGCGGUUCGCGCCCUGGGUGCACUACGUGCCGUUUGACAACUCGUACGCCGACGUCUACGCCGUCAUGGACUACUUUUUGAGUCACGACGACGCGGCGGCGGCGAUUGCGGCCGAGGGAAAGAGCUGGGCGGAGAGGGUGUAUCGACGCGCCGACAUGAAGCUGUACAUGUGGCGGCUGCUGCUCGAGUAUGCGCGCGUCGUCGACGAUAAGAGGGACGUGCUGGCGUAUGUGUGAAGACGACACGGGGGGUUGCUCGGAGUUGGGAUGAUGCAGACAAAAGGGGGAGGCUACGGGGCAUAUACAGGUGUGUUCAUGGAUGGCGAGCGACUUGAUUGUUGAAGG